UUUUGCUUCUGUGCCCGUCUCCGACCCAUACACACUCACUCACUCACUCACGGCACUCUCUCACAGCUCAGACACCUUUUAGAGAGAGGCAGACACACUCACACUCACACUCACACUCACUCACACACACAAUCCUAUUCACACUCAUUCUCUUUCUCCUUCUCACACUCGCACUCGCACUCGGAGACUUUCUUUAUGUAUAAAUUCGUCGCAACCCCAAAUCCAAAACCAAUACAACCAUUUUUAUUUUUGCUGCUUCAGAUUUUUCUUCCAAAUCCCUAGAAGAAGAAAAAAAUAAGAUUGAGAUUUUGCGAGAUGCCACCUCAGCUUCACCCACCUUCGCCGCCGGGCAGUCUCCGCCGCCUCGACGCCAAAAUCUGGCGAGCCUGUGCCGGCACCUCCGUCCAAAUCCCCAUCGUUUAUUCUAGGGUUUACUACUUCCCUCAAGGACACGUGGAGCAAUCCUCUCCUCCUCCGACUUUUCUCUCCCCUACCGUUCUCUCCAGGCCUCUCAUUUCUUGCCGAAUCUCCGCCGUUGAUUUCCUCGCCGAUCCAGUUACCGACGAGGUUUUCGCCAGGCUCCUCCUCCAACCUAUUCACGCUCAACAGAACUUCGUCGACUGUCCAUCGGAGCCUUCUAGGAGCCGAAACGACGUCGCCGCCGCUGCGGGUGAGGAUAAAAUCCUGUCCUUCGCGAAAAUUCUCACGCCGUCCGAUGCCAACAACGGCGGCGGAUUCUCCGUCCCGAGGUUCUGCGCCGACUCAAUCUUUCCUCCGCUGAACUACCAGGCAGAGCCGCCGGUGCAGACCUUGUCCGUCACCGACGUUCACGGCGUGGUCUGGGAAUUCCGUCACAUCUAUCGCGGAACUCCGAGGCGCCACUUGCUCACCACCGGCUGGAGCAAGUUCGUCAACCACAAGAAGCUCGUCGCCGGCGAUUCCGUCGUGUUCAUGAGGAACACGAGGGGCCAGAUGUUCGUCGGUGUCCGGCGCGCCGUGCGGUUUAACAACGACUGCGCCGCCGCCAGGUGGAGCUCGCAGAUAGGCGGCGGCACUACGCGGCUGAAGCCCGAGGACGAUAGUGCCUGUGCCAGAGACGGAUUCUCGAGGAGCGGGAUGGGGAAGUUAUCGGCUGAGGCGGUGGCGGAGGCCGCGGAGUUAGCGGCGCAGGGCUUACCAUUCGAGGUGGUGUAUUAUCCGAGGGCCGGGUGGUCGGACUUUGUGGUGAAGGCAGAAGUGGUUGAAGAAGCCUUGAAUGUGUUCUGGACCUCUGGGAUGAAAGUGAAGAUGGCAAUGGAGACUGAGGAUUCUUCCAGGAUGACGUGGUUUCAGGGAACGGUUUCGGCUGCUGUUGUUCCGGAUGGUGGGCCAUGGCAGGGCUCUCCUUGGCGCAUGCUUCAGGUCACAUGGGAUGAACCUGAAGUUCUGCAUAAUGCCAAGAGAGUGAGUCCUUGGCAAGUUGAGGUUCUUUCACCAACAGCACCUGUCCACACUGCAUUUCCCCCCACAAAGAAAUUCAGAACCCCUCAGAGCUCUGGUCAGCUAACUGAUGGAGAGGGUGAUCUUUUCUUUCCUUUCUCAGGAUAUACUAAUUCAACAAUGGGACACAUGAGCCAAACAUUGUUGAAUUAUAACAAUUUUCCUGCUAGCAUGCAGGGAGCCAGGCAAAAUCUAUUCAGCAAAUCCAGUUUAUCCAACUUCCUAAGUGAAAACAAUAUGUGCAUUGAUAAUUCCUUUGGCAACAACUCGGUGCCAAAGUUGAAAAGUGUGUCUACUGAGCUGAAUAUUGGAAGUUCACAGUCUGAAAACUUAUCACCUGAUAGCCAAAGUAGUAUGCACUCCUCCUUUGGAACUGAAUUCGUUGGAACCCAAUACUGCAGCUCACCAAAAGUUGGUACUGGGUCCUUUCAGUUGUUUGGUAAGAUUAUUCAUACGAAUCAGCCUGUUGAAAGUGGGUUCGAUGACAUUGGUUGUGCAGAAGAUGAUGGCAGUAAAGGGUACAACGAAACUGAUGACGUAAACAACCCACUAGAUCAUUCUUUGAAUUACACAAAACUGCUUGACAGGCUUGAUGUUCAAUGCCAGAGAGCCUCAGCUGUUGGGGCAUGUAAUUUGUGAACUAGUGGUUGCAUCUAUGUCAUGCAGAUAAAUAGCUGUACAGGUACUUAAGGCAGGCAGGAGGAAGCUGAUUACCAAUUGACUCUUCCAGUGGUCAUUAUGUUGGUUUAUUUUAGUUUUGCUAUGUUGGGAACUUGAAACUGUGGUAGACUUGGUUUUGGUUGUUUAACUCAAGGGUUAGAUGUCAGUGUGACAGAUGUUAUGCAAUAUUUCUAAUUGCGGUAGUUUGCCGUAUUUGUGGUAA